AUGGACUGGUCGCAAUUUUCAGCCGAGCAGCUUCAGGAGUUCGCUCGACAAGCAAGCCAACAGGCUCAAGGAAGGUUACCAGGAACGCAGGCCUCAGUCAAGGAGGAAGACCUUGAAGUGAUUAGCCUGGGAUCGGACGACGGUAGUGAAGGCAACGGUCGUAAUGAUAGUCAAGCUGAAGACAGCGGAGAAGAUACCGAGAAGACUGAACGAAAACGGAAGCGUGAUCCGGACACGCCGAGAAAGCCUAAGCGACCUCCGCCAGGUUUGAGAGAUGACUACUCUCCCAGUCUACAUUCCCGAAAUGACUCGGGUUCAACGACCUAUUCUGCCUCGCAGCUGCUUUCCACUGUUGGCAAAUCAUACACACAAAGCGGAACCGAAUCCGACCGACCGGUAGCACCUCGCAGGUCUCGAGUCGCCAAAGACAAGGCUGGAUCCGACAUUCGAGGCCUAUACGAGAUGACGAGGACUGCAAAUUGGACCGUCCCGACUACCUCGAGCGCCGCGAAUGCGAAGAGCAGUGCGAGCACCGCUACAUCUGCUCAACCAAGGCCCAGUCACCAACAGGUCACUGUCGAUGCAAUCAGUCCGACCGUUACUCGAGACAUCACGCCCGCCGUUCCUCAGGAUACAAAGCUUCCUCGAUUCAUCUCCCGCCUCACUAUGGGACAAGACGUCAUCUCGGCGGUCAGGGAAGCGUUUCGGAAGGUGAACACCGAUGAACUGUCGGAGCAUGAAAAGCGUCUCUAUCAAUACACGAGCGAUCACAGACUUCGCCUGUUUUCGGGUGCAGACCGAUGCGAUGGCUGCCACUCUGAGGAAGCUAAGGACGUCGAAGCCAAAGCGACUCCUGAGGUAGCGGAAAGUUCUACUAGCGCCGGUGUCCAAUCGAACGAGGCGUCUGCCAGUGCCGAACCUGGAAUUCCUACUGCUAGCGAGUCUCAAUCGCCAGGACCGUCUCUGAAUGAGUCGCUUGGAUCUCCAAGAUUUCGGGACGACCUCCACAAGUUUCCUGGGAUUGGAGUAGUCUUGGACAAGAUGGAAUACCCGGAUAAUCUUGUCGCCAGGCUAUAUAAGCUUCCCGAGAUUCCGGUCCUCUCUGCAGAACAGGCGGAUGCCCAAAUUUUGGGACUUGUGAUGUCGGCUCCCCACGGUUUCUUCCCCCCCAAUACGGACGCGCAGAAACGACGACUGGUCCAGUGGCUCAUCAUCAGGAUCGGGGACCAGCAGUUGGUGCCGCUUACCGUUGAGAAAGUCAUGAGCAGCGUUCGACGCCUGGCUGCGAAUCACCCACAGCAUGCACGAAGCCAUGAUGGCGCUGGAGCGGGUGGCACCGGGCCUGCAGACAAAUGCUCCGCUACGAGUCAGACUGUCACCCCCGCCGAAGAACCCUCUGCCAGCGCUGUCGACCUGCAGCCCACCCGGGCUGCGAAAGAACGCCGAGUUCGUAAAGCUCUGGCUGUAGUCGAGAGUCUUUGCAGGCACGCUGGCAAUCAGCUGAAGAAAGACGACCUUGGCGCUGUGCUCAAGGAGGUCGAAGAGCUGAAGGACGCGAUCGACGAGCUUGAGCGCGAGGGGUGA